CCUCCAGGAGCCUCUCCCCAGCCAUGGACAAGCCCAGUCUUCCAGAGCUCCAACAGCCCCUGUUGGCAGGUGUAGGCUGCGAGUCCCCAGUCCAGAAGCCUGGCGAGCCAGAGCUGGGGUCCCCCUUUGGAGAGACAGCCUUUGCAGAGUCCCUGACAGGUUGGCAGUUCCUGCCACCACCUCUUUCCUCUGUGAGCGCUUGCCUGGGGGAGCCAGGGCCUGCUGACCUUGAGGAUGCAUCAUCCAGUGACAGUGACUCGGACUGGGAUGGGGGCAGCCUUCUCUCCCCGCUCCUACCCCAUGACCACCUCAGCUUGGCCGUCUUCUCCAUGCUGUGCUGUUUCUGGCCUGUGGGCAUUGCCGCCUUCUGCCUGGCCCAGAAGACCAACACGGCCUGGGCCAAGGGGGACGUCCAGGGGGCAGGGGCUGCCUCCCGCCGCGCCUUCCUGCUGGGGGUCCUGGCCAUCGGGCUGGGCGUGUGCACAUACACAGCCGCCCUGGUGACCCUGGCUGCCUACCUCGCCUCCCGAGACCCGCCGUAGCCGCUGGUGUGGCCCCCCCUGUGAAGCAGAGGCUGGCCACCCACGUCCCCGGGCAGAGUGGAGAACCUGGUCCUGGUGGUUGUGGUGGCGGUGGCAUCCCUUCCUGGCCGCUACGAUGUGAGAUUAAAUACCAGACACGCAGCCAAACUUGUGUCCGUCUGUGUGUGGGGGGACGUGGGGCUGGGGGUGCCUGGCAGGCUAUCCCCAGGGUGCUCCCGUGCACCUCAGAGCCAGAGAAGGGGAAAGCUGAGGGGCUGAAGGUUUGCAGGUUACAGAAUGUUCUUUUCACCGCCGAGGUGGUCAGUGGAGAAUUAGAGCUGGGCGCCAAGUCCUUACUCCUUCACAUUGGCUGUACGACCGACCUCGGCCCGAGACUUCUCGUUGAGCCUCGCUUUUUCUCCUCUGCAAAAUGGGUCUAAUUUUUUCCAUACCUGGGAGCCGUGGUGAGGGCCAAACAGGCCAUACACGUAAACGGCAAGUGGCAGAAGAAACUCAACUCGGACUCAACUGCCUUACGCAAGAAAAGGGAAGAAAGUUGUGACAGAACAGGAUUCAGGGUCUCAAAUGAUGUAAACGGUCUGGUCUUUCUACCUCUUGGCCCUCUUUCCUUUCUGGCUUCAUCUAGCAGGCUUCCCCUUCCAGGGGCCCUGGCAGCUCAGGUGCCCCCGUUGAAUCAAAUGGCCUGAGACUAGGAGGGAUGGAGCCUCACGGUAACAUCAAACUGCUGGCACCCAGCAGGCAAAACGGACGUCUGCCCUGAGCGCUUAGCACAGGCACACAGAUGUGCUCACUCAGCGGGGCCCACUGUUACCAAGUAAUGGAGUGACAGGCCGCUGUUUUCUCACUCCGUCUACUGCCAUCCUAGUGGACCUCGCUAGGACCCUUCCCCAUUUGACAUUCCCCAGAGUGUCUCUCGGAGCAUAAUUCACGUAUACACAAACUUUCUUCUUGGUUUCUGGGGAAGAAAACAACACUGGUCCAAAGCGGCAGUUGUGGGGACUGUGUGAACACGUGAAGCACGCAACAGAGGGCCCAUCGCAAACCCGCAAACAUCAGUGACUGUCAGGAUAUGGAGACCACGUGGCCCAGCUGUGGGAGAAAUUCACUGCGGGAUGCUCACGUUCUUGGCUCCUGCCCACUAAAUAAAAGGGUGGGGGAACAGUCAAGUGGUGACUAAAAAUGCCCUUCACCCACAUUUCCAGAUGCCCCUGAGGGGGUGCCACCAGCCCUGAUAGGCGCCAGGCCUCGGGCACCCCACUUACAGAUGAGGAAAUGCAGUCUGCUGUGGCAGCCUCCCCCUGGGUUGGUUCGGACAGUGAGGGCCUCGGACCAGGCUGAGUGGGACUUGGGCUCCAUUGCUGGACAACUAACUGGCUUCUGAGCUUGUUUCCUCAUUUUAAAACUAUAAUAACAGCCCCACCACACGGGGCUGUUGGGGUCAGAGCCAGAUUCUCCUCCGAGCCUGCAGGGCCCAUUCUGUCCCGACCAUCUCUUCCCUCUCCUGCCCCCACUGGCUCUGCUCCAGUCACACCGGCCGCCUUGCUGGUCCUCGACCCUCCACAGGGACUUAUUCCCCACGUGUCCAUGAG